AGGAGGCGUUCCUCUAAUUCUCCUCGCUCUGCUUCUUUGAAGGGAGCAUCUGUGAGAAUUCUACUUCUUUUUCAGACCAUGUAUGUUAUCAAGGCAAGCUUUUAACACGUAGAGCUCCGCUUGUAGCAUGGCCAUCUGUAUUUUACAGGCCAUCAAAGAAUCUUAGAGCGUUUGGACAGUUUUAGAAAAUGUUAAUUUGGUUUGUAGAAUCUUGACAUUUUAAUUCAGCAAAAGUGAAGGUUCCCCUUCCUUAUUGGCAGACAAUUGCCACGUUGUGAUGACACGGAAAAGAUUUCCACGGUGCUGCCUGUCCCACAUGGCGUGAAACUUGAAGAGAAAGGGAUGAAUAGUCGGAGCUAAUUCCUCUAAAGCUCGUCUGGUUAUUUGUAACAUUUUCCAUUUUACGGUGCUUAUGCAGCUCUCUAAAAGCUACAUUUUCACCCCACACGAUGACGUUUUAGGUCAGCGCUUAUUUGUUAAUUUCUCUUUAAACUAAAACAAAUAAAAUAUAAGAUUUAAAAAUGUCUCUUAGGGAUAACAUGAUUAUAAGCGUUAGUCCAAGUAUGCCAUUUCAAACUAAAAUAGGCUGACAGGUGUCUGUAAAAAAACGAUUGGCCUAUACCUAAUUAUGUAUGACGCCAAAAUACGGACAAGUAAUGCAAAACACAUCUUAUUUUAUCUUAAUUAAUUUUCUUCUGAUUGCAUAAAUUAGAAGUCUCGUGGUUUAUAAAAUAGAGCAGGCCUAAUACCAAAGUCACCCUUAAGCUCUUUUUUUUUUUAGAACAAAAGCACAGCCAGAAAAGCAACUUCAUGCUGAUUGGGUGUCCAGCAGAAACUAAAUGGAUGCUCUUUUUUUCUCACCAAUGAUGUGAGCAGUACAUUGAGAUGUUAAGUGAGUCUUUCUUUAUAAAGCAGGAUACUAGGGAGAAUUCCUUCACUCCAACACAAGGAAGUCUGAUAAUUCAUCUGGGUAUCUAAGUACUUUGAGCAUUUGAUGACAAUGGCUGCAGCAUCAGAUUGUGCGGUAACGGCAAAAACUAAAUGCGUUAAAAAGGUUUCUAAACCACUGAUGGAGAAAAAAAGAAGGGCACGUAUCAAUAAAUGUUUGAAUCAACUGAAAAGCCUCCUGGAAAGCGUUUGUUCCAACAAUAUCCGCAAGCGAAAACUGGAAAAGUCUGACAUUUUGGAAAUGACGGUGAAACAUCUAAGGCAUCUGCAAAACAGCGAAAGAGGAAUGGCCAAAGUUUUGGACUCUGCUGAAUAUCACGCUGGCUACAGAAGUUGUCUCGCCUCUGUCAGUCAUUAUCUUCUCGCGUCAGACACAGACAGGGAUUGCCGUUUCACCAUGCUGACGCAUCUUACGAGCGGUCCUCACCACGGCAGAGUUCAUGAUUUCAGUACUGCGGAAAGCGACCCCGCACUGAUCCUUGCACCAACAAGUACACCUCGGCGAUCACAUAGGCCUAUUGUUUCGCUUAAAACAGAAGCUUCUUAUCCCAACGUGCAGCAAACAUCAGACAGAAAUUAUUGCUUUGUGCCGAAGAGGACUGAGAUUUGUGAUAUGGACAAACAAUCAUUCAACGCACAGGUUGGGACGUCUGGAUCAAAGAAGCUCAAAACCAUGCACUUCAGUCUUAAAAAUACAAAGGUUGAUAAGUGCUGCAUUUUGAAACAUAAUUAUUGGCGGCCUUGGUAAUUAUGAACAAUUUCAAAUUUCACUGUUUCAACACUUAGACUUUAGCUCUAAUUUUUGCUUCUCAUGCACUGUACAUGUAGAUCUUAUUUUUUAUGAAUGUCUAUUUUAGGAAUAAAAGACUACAACAAUAUGUGUAUUUGUAAAAAACAUACAUUGUUUAUGACUAGAUGUCAAGUCUCUUUUUAAUCUCUUCUGC